AUGUCAUCAACGACAAAACGAGAUCUAGAGACCAGAUCGCCGACAACAAUGUCAACCACAACACUAUCAAACCAAAACUCAAACCCACAAAAUUCAAACCUGCUUCCGACUUCACCGGCUGAGCCACCGCCUUCCCUGGCUCAACUACCAUCGCCGCCACCGGCCAUCUCCACCCACCCACCAUCCCCAACGCCACCGCCACUAACCCCAACGCCACCACCACCAAACACCAGUCUCAAAGGGGGGUGGGGAGAGGAAAGGGAGGCAGAAGAUGCCGCCGGAGAGCCGCCGCCACCAGCCCCCAAUGUUAUAAACCACUAUGAGCGUCGAACACCGGCUCGGAUCUUGACAACGCUGGAACUUGAAACACCGGCGACAUCAGACUAUGGGGUUAUGGUGGUGUUCUGGUUGAGGAUCGGGGAUGCGGCGGAGGUAAAGGCGGAGGUUCGAUGGUUGUUGUGGAGGAGGAGGUGA